CCGCUCCUUCAAAAAAAAAAAAAAAAAAAACUGCACAUUCACUCGUCUGAAAACACGAAUGGAACUUUUCUCCCGCAUUCGGAGCUCCGAGCACAUGAACUCCUGCCAACACCUCUGCGCUCUCUCAUCGUAACCUCCGUAUUCAUCCCAGAAGCUGCUGAAGAACGGAAGCUGUGUCCCUGUUUCUGUGCUCCCAGACCGGCAGCGAGUACAUCCCUCAGCCAGCGGACAGGGCUCCAGUUCCCUCACCUGAUCGACCGGGUGGUUCAUUUCAGGGGGAAGAAGUUCGGGUCCAUUUUUAUUUUUUAUAUUUUUUUUUAUUUCACAUUUUUUUGUCCGGCGGGGGGGGGUCAUUCUCCAGGAUGAACUGGGCCUUCCUCCAGGGCCUCCUGAGCGGGGUGAACAAGUAUUCGACGGCGUUCGGGCGCGUCUGGCUGUCCAUCGUCUUCCUCUUCCGGGUGAUGGUGUUCGUGGUGGCGGCGGAGAAGGUGUGGGGCGACGAGCAGAAGGACUUCAAGUGCAACACGGCGCAGCCCGGCUGCCACAACGUGUGCUACGACCACUUCUUCCCCGUGUCACACAUCCGCCUGUGGGCCCUGCAGCUCAUCUUCGUCACCUGCCCCUCGCUGCUGGUCGUGAUGCACGUGGCGUACCGCGAGGAGCGCGACAAGAAGUACGUAGCGGUGCACCCCGGCGCGCACCUGUACGCCAACCCGGGCAAGAAGCGCGGCGGCCUGUGGUGGACCUACGUCCUCACCCUGGUCUUCAAGAUGGUGGUGGACGCCAUCUUCGUCUACCUCCUGUACUACAUCUACGAGGGCUACGACUUCCCCUCGCUCAUCAAGUGCGCGCAGAAGCCCUGCCCCAACACGGUGGACUGCUUCAUCUCCCGGCCCACGGAGAAGCGCAUCUUCACCAUCUUCAUGGUGGUCACCAGCCUGGUCUGCAUCCUGCUGACCCUGUUCGAGAUCCUCUACCUGGUGGGCAAGCGCUGCCGUGAGUGCAUCACCAAGCUGGGCCAGUCCCGCCCCGCCGUGCCCUCCCACCACACCUCCGUGCUCAGCGGGAAAGACGGCCACUCGCUGAUGGAGUCCCAGAACCUGGGCAACCUGAGCAACCAUGACGACGGGCGGAACAAGGCCCCGGCCUACAAGGCUAUGUCGUGAGGGAGAGAGAGAGAGAGGGAGAGAGAGAGAGAGAGAAAGAGAGAGGGAGAGAGAGGGACUGAGACUUUUACAGACUCUUACGACAGAGGAGAAGGAGAGAGAGAGAGAUGGAGGUUGUCAUGGCGGUGGUUGUCAUGGCCCCUAACGCGCUCCAGUUUUUGGGAAUAGGAAUCCAUCGCAGGAAUGAGCCGGGCUCUGAGACGCCCCUCCCCCGCCUCCCCACAGGUACGAGGAAGAGGAAGACACUUCAGGUGUGGACCUGUUGCUGUUCAGCUAGUCGACAGGGGUGACUAGUAUAGUUAGAUCAGAUUAGGAAUUAUUAUUAUUUUUUUUUUGGGGGGUGGGUCUCUUCUGGUGGCUCUGAGCCCUGAGAAGCAUCAUGUCUUUAUUUUUGACAACUCAAUUUGUAUUUUUCUGACCAGAGAACAGGUGUAUAUCCCUGCUCUUCCUCUUGCGAAUGAAAUUCACUAAAGGAGACCUCUCAUAUUUAAUAUAAUUUCAUGUUCUGGGGUCUAACCCCUACUCACGUCGAAUUACCCAUAAUCCCCCUGACUGUCUUCAGAGAGCGGAGGGUUACUCCCCUCCUCAUUGGCCUACAGCGCCCCCUCUGGUUAAUGAAA